UUGUUUCAUUAAUUUCAAUAAAAGGGCAUGUCAUGCGAAUGCAGACACCAGUACAAACAUCGUUUUGGCAGCCAUAUUUCGACAAAGCAUUUCUCGACAAAAGCCCCAUACAACAGAAAACACAGAAGAAUGCAAUUUACGUCAUAAAAAUACUCAAGAUACAUAUAGGUUAUUAUAAUAGCCACAUAUUACAAGUCUAAAAUUGUAAAAUUGCUUUUAUGCAAGAAGAGAAAAAAACUCUUUAGAAAUUACGAACUACUGAGGGAUAUUCGAUGUUUUAGUUGAAUGUAACCUAAGAUGGCGUCGUUUGUCAACGCGUUUAGUGAACGAACAUAAAACAUACAUUUUAGUAACGAAUAUAAAGCUUAUAAUGUAAUGACACAGUUGAUGUACAGAGGGCACUUUGGCAACCAAGGAGCUCAAGCAUUUCAGGCAAGAGAAAUAGAACUUGAGCCAGUCGCUGUACAUUCUCGGAACUCCAUCCUGUCUAUGCAGACGAGACUGUUGUUGGAACAGUUAUAUAGUGACCAGCAGAACUGUUACUCAAGCCAAACACUUGACACUAUACUGGCCCCUCCUGUUUGGGUGGAAGUGACAGUGGUUGGGACAGUUAUCUAGUAAGCAGCAGAAAACUUGAGUCAGACACUGGACAUGUACUGACAUCCAAACUGUCUAGGUGGAAGUGACUGUGGUUGGAAUAGUUGUCUAGUAGGCUACAUUAAUAUAAUUCUAGCUAGACACUGGACAUGUACUUACCUCCCUCUUGUUGUGAUAAAAGUGAUUGUGGUUGAAACAGUUGUAUAAUGAGCAGUGGGACUGUAACUCAAUCCAAACACUUGAUCCUAUACUAACCAACCUUCUGUUAAAGUGGAAGUAACAGUGCCUGGAAUAGUUGUCAAGUCAAGAAUUACAAGCCGCAAGGUCGCAAAGUCGGGUCAGCAAGUGCAGUAAAAUGACCCCGAUUUCGGAGCUGACCAACUCCCAGCCCACAGACCUAAAGGGACUGUCAGAGGAGCUGGAAACUGUCAUGGGGGGAAUCAAAAGCCUACAGAUAAAUCAGGAGGCCAGUGUUCAGUCAUUGCAGAGAACAUACAAGGAACAUGGGGCAGUCAUGAUAGAACAAUUGCAUGGCAAUUUAAAUACUAAUAUAGAUAAGUGUUGUAAUAGUUCUGUGGGUACAUCGGACAAAAAUGUAAAAGAAGAAAUGUGUUGGAGUGUUCUUUCUAUAUUGAAUGAAUUUGAUAAUAUUACUGUUAAGGAACUAAAUGAGAUAAAAGAGGAAGUUAUAAGCAUAAAAGGGUCAGUUACAAGUUCUAUUCAUAAAUGCACCAGUCUUCACAAUGACUUGUCACAUUUCCAUGAAAUUGUUCAGAAAAUUGGAGAUAAUAAGGAGCUCUGCCUUAUAGCCAGCAUAAAAUGUAAGCAUAUAAUACAGCAGGCAUUGACUCUGCUGGGAAAGUCAGGCAAGGCGUUUAAUGUCCAGAGUAAUACUGAGCACAAUGUUAGAAUACCAAGUGAUUCAGAGUUAUAUGUAUGUGAUAUGAGAGGCAUAUGUGUUCUUCCCGAUGGGCAGGUAAUGGUUGUAGACUGGACAAAUCAGAAUGUCAAGCUGCUGAACCAGCAGUACCAGGUGGUGAGUCACUGGGAUGUGAAUGCUAGGCCAUUUGACAUUUGUUUGAUCACACCCAGUGAGGUUGCAGUGGCUGUGAAUACUAUCAACAUAAAUGAGGUCCAGUUUAUCACUGUCAACCAGGGAAAGCUUGUUUCUGGCAGGAAGUUUCAGUUACAACAUGAAUGUACAUGUAUUACCCAUCACCAAGGAGACCUUUUUGUCACCUCUGGUCAAGAACUGUACAAAUACUCACUGAAUGGCAAACUGAUCUGCAGACUCUAUGAAGAUAGAUCAGCUGAUUUGACAGUAUGGAAGUGUGCUGUGAGUCCCACAGGUGACAGGCUGUACAUCAUUAGCUGGGACCAGAACACGCUUCUCACCCUGGCCAGGGAUGGCACACUCCUGGCUACAUACACAGACCCAGCACUACUGCACACAUCUGGUCUACAUGUGACCCCUGCAGGCCAGGUGCUGGUCUGUGGAUACCUGUCCAACACUGUACUACAGGUGGGCUGGGAGGGGAAGAGUAAGCUGGCUACUCUUGCUACUGAGGAGGAUGGAGUGAUGUGGCCAUGGUCAGUCUGCUACAGCAGCACAACAUCAUCCAUCAUUGUGGGACUGUGGGAGGACAACAACAUCCUGGUGAUCAGAGUGGAAUAGUGU